GCUUUGUCAUAGUUUCUGUACAACGAGAAGGACAUGUAGUCAUCACUCUCACUUUUUAUACGGUAGUUCAAGGGUUUCUGACAGUGAUACUUUCAAGUUCAAGACGUGUCAGCGUUCAAGACACGUUUAAAGAGAGUGACGUCGCUUACGUCGAUUCCUUUGUCUAAACGCGGGUCCGUUUGGCGCUUCAAAACAACAAGGUGAACCCGGAUAUAGAUCAAAAUGGCUGACAGUGACAUUCAUAGAGCUGAUAUAGACCAACCCCUUGUUCAGUACGGUGCGGAAGAAAGUAGACAGAUAGCCCAGCAAUUUCCCGCCAACGGCCUCCCAUUGCUACCCUACAUCACACCUCCGCCAGUGAUAUACAAAGUAUACAAUAUCAGUAACCCUGUGGGUCUGCAGAUAGAAAGCCAGGGGGGGUUAAUGGCCGUAGAGGACCCCAGAAAGGCUUUGGAAGACCAAAAACGAGAAUACAAGGAAAUACAAACAGACUGGAGCAGUGACAACGAUGAUGAAGAGAGGAGGCACCGGGAGGACAGGAGUGAGAGGACAAGUAAAGGCAAAAGAGUUGACAGAGUAUCACGGCGUAUCAUAACAAGGAUGGAAGUGCUAGAAGAACAAGGAAACUGGCUAGAGUAUGACAAGUUUCUGGAGACGGCGAUAGAACGACACGAGGGAGAUCAUGAUGUGGUCGCUGCCUACUUUCGCGAGGACUUCCAAGGCGGCUACACCAGUCUUCAUCAGGCAGACGACCUCGUGCAGAAAGUCAGUGACCCCGCACAGCAGCAGGCACACAGGCUGUACCUGAAGUCUGCACUGCUCCGGAAACAAAGGCGACAUGCCGAGGCUGAAAACAUCAACACUCUAGCUCUGCAGAGCCUUCCCCACAUGAAACCUGGACGAGAUAUUGCCUCCGUCUGGUACAACAUCGCCGCGCUGAAAGCCCAGGUUCUUUACGAAUGCGAGAACUCUCCAGACACAGCAAAUGAACUUUACAAAGAAGCAGUGUCUGCUUUCGAGAAUGCUAUUGAUCACUACGAGUCAGGACUGGACGCGAAGGACGAAACAUGCAAAAACCAGCUACGGCGAUCUCAUAUCCGUUUAGCAAUGGUUGCCGUGGGUUGCUGGUACGACGGGACGUCAACCGGUACCAACCCAGGCCUAAUCCCAAAACAGGAUCUACAAAAAGCUGAAAACAGUCUAGAAGAGGUAGAAAACAACCUAUGGGAGGGCAUCCCCAAACGUAUGCGCUGUUCGUGGUAUCUCGCCAAGUCAGACCUCUUCCGACGGCGUGGUAAGAUACAAAGGGCAACAGAGAUGGCGGAAGAAGCGCUGAAGAUCGCCAAGAAAGCCAAGGGUGGCUUCCCCUCUGAAGUCAGGUUCGCAGAAGUGAGACUGGGCUUGCUGAAAAGGGCAGGUGAGCUGAACAGAGAGGAGACGCGAGUGGAGGAGGAUGCUGAGGACAUGGCGUGGUUGUCGCCAGAGGAGAGUUUAGCAGAGGAGACAGAAAUUACAUCAUUGCCGAGUACAAAGAUUCCAUACACAUUGCGGCAACCCGGCGACCAACGGGCAUCAAAAUCUGGUACAGUGAGGAAAUCCCCAAUGGUAGGACGACGACACGGGCACAGUCAGCUGUUCUACUGA